AAAAAAAACUUUUAUAUAGUGUUUAAAUUAUAACACGUGUAUAUAUUAGUUUACUCCAAUUAUUAGUCUUUUGAUCUUUUAUUAGUUGAUGAUGACAACACCCAUUGUUCUACUCAUAAUUCUGGUGCAAUCCACCUCUUUCAACUCCAUUGCUUUUAACCACACUAGUCAUAGUGCGUCGCAGCCAUACUCUUGUAUGGCUUGACCAAUGAGAAUGAAGCUAGAGGAAUGAGAUGAACCAGUAUAAAUUAUUUAGUACUAGUUCUUCAAAGGCUACAAUGUUACUAUAUAUAAAGAGAAAGAGGAGUUAGGUCAAUCUAUAGAGCUGCACUAAACCGGAGAUGGAAAAGGCAAAGCCUGACCAAGUGAUUCUCAUCAUGGAUCAAAGAAACCCAACAAGUCCAUCAAUGGAAACCGAGCUCAAGGACCAGGCUACAGCACAACCAAAGCUCCAAAUUCCUACGGGAGCAAAAACUCUACAUCGCCUCAGCUUCUCUAAACCCAAAGCUCGAUUUCUCGAGUAUAACUAUCCACUCAAUGCCCGGAAAAAGUUCCCUGAGCCCAACGAAUUUGAACCUUUGCUUGACGACAUCCACCAAUCUUCUACAGAUGAUGAUGAUGAUGAUGAAGAUGAUGAGUGGAACGAUGAGUUUGAUGAAGAUGGUGGAGAAAAGGGGGGAAAACAACAUCAAAAGAAGAAGAAAAAGUUGAACUGGAGACGCUUGACUGAAUGGGUUAUGUUUUUCGUUAUAAUGACGUGCUUGAUCUGUUCUCUCACAAUAGAGUCACUCAAGAUAAAGAGUACGUGGGGGCUUGAGAUCUGGAAAUGGUGCCUAAUGGUGUUGGUGACCUUCUGCGGCCGCCUAGUUUCGGGAUGGUUGAUUGCUUUUGCAGUCUUUUCAAUUGAACGUAACUUCAUGCUUAGAGAGAAAGUGCUCUACUUUGUCUAUGGGCUAAGGAAGAGUAUCCAAAAUUGCAUCUGGUUAGGCCUUGUCCUUUUUGCGUACACCUUCAUGUUCGAUGCCGAAGUUCACAAACAAAACAAGAUGCUCAAAAAGGUUUUUCAAGCAUUAGUAGCUGUAUUGCUUGGUGCAAUUAUUUGGCUUAUCAAGAUCGUGUUGGUCAAAAUGCUGGCUUCAUCUUUCCAUGUUGCAACGUACUUUGAUCGAAUGAAGGAAAGUGUAUUCCACCACUACAUCUUGGAUACGCUCUCAGGUCCCCCCAUGGACGAGCAAAUGCACGAACAGUUUCAUAACCUAAGUGAUUCCAAGUCAUUGCCAUCAAACUGGAAGCAGGGAAAGUACUGGAAGGAAGCGAAAAAUAUUUACAAAUCGAAGAAGUUUGGAUCCAGGAAAAUUGACAUGGAGAAGCUAAGGAAGCUGAGCUUGGAGAGGCCAGCCUCUGCUUGGAGCGUGAAGAGGCUGGUAAGCUACGUGAUGUCUUCUGGAUUAUCGACUAUUUCAAAGACCGUUGACGAUUUUGGAAAGGCAGAGUCAGAGAUUACUAGUGAAUGGGAGGCUAGAAACACAGCCCAAAGGAUCUUCAAGAACGUGGCUAAGCCGGGUGCAAAGUAUAUUGAAGAAGAAGAUCUAAUGAGAUUUCUAAAGAGGGUUGAAAUUCACACUAUAUUCCCACUAUUUGAAGGAGCUCUCGAGACUGGAAGAAUUUCAAAAUCGUCGUUUAGAAAUUGGGUGGUUCGAGCUUAUUUUGAACGAAAAUUUCUAGCACAUUCACUGAAUGAUACCAAAACAGCUGUGCAACAACUCCACAAGGUAGCAAGUGCUGUAGUGAUCGUAAUCAUAAUUGUGGUGUCCCUCUUGGUAAUGGAAGUUGCAACAUAUAGGAUAGUCUUUCUUGUGUUAACCCAGCUAGUUGUUGCGGGGGUCAUGUUCCAAAACACCUGCAAAAUGGUAUUCGAGUCCAUUGUCUUCAUUUUCAUCAUGCAUCCUUUCGAUAUAGGCGAUCGCUGUGUCGUUGACGGUGUUCAGAUGAUUGUGGAGGAAAUGAACAUAUUGACUACUGUGUUCCUUCGAUAUGAUAUGGAGAAAAUUUAUUAUCCGAAUUGGGUCCUGCUCUCAAAGCCAAUUAGCAACUUCUACAGAAGUCCAGAAAUGUGUGAUACCGUAGAUUUCCAAAUUGACAUUUCUACGUCCAUGGAGACGAUCAUGGCACUCAAGAAGACAAUCCAAGGAUAUAUAGAGAGCAAGGUCAAGUAUUGGAACCCAAAGCAUGCAGUGAUAGUGAAAGAAAUAGAGAACUUGAACAAACUGAAAAUGAGUUUAUGCGUCCAACACACAAUCAACCAUCAGAAUUAUGGAGAACGCAACAAUCGGAUCUCAGAGCUCAUUCUUGAGCUGAAGAAAAUCUUUGAAAACCUUGACAUCAAGUAUCAUCUUCUUCCCCAAGAGGUCCGUCUGAGCCAAGUCAAUUUGGACAACUGGAGAAACAUGAUGCAGUGAUCCAUUUGUAUCUUUAACCCCCGACAAUGGAAGACAAUGGAACCAAUUCCUCAUUGUUUGCGUCUUUUACUAUAAGACUCAUAUCUAUCUUAAUCCUCAACUACUAAGUAUUGGAUUUUAUAAAUCCCGAUGGAGAAAUUAAA